GAUUUCCAGCCGGGUGCGCGUUUCAGUGAGCAGUACGUGAUUCUCUUCGACAUUAGUACAGACAGUCUUCAUGACAUAACGAACAACAGCUUUUUGCCAGCCAAAAUUGCAUACGCUACAUAGAAUGCGCCAAUGUAUACUUUUCGAAAGCUUUCUCAAGCGAGUGCUCCCGCGUAACACAUCUAAAUUUCAAAAUGAUCAUUUUUCAAGCUACGCUUUACGUUCGGUAAGAGACUAGCAAUCUUCUCAAGCGUAAUGUCUCAGUGGAAUAUUUAACGAUGAAAAUUUUAUAUACGCAAGCGCGUUAUCGUACGACACGACGAAACCCCUCCCACGUCGACGCAUGAUUAGUUGCACGCGAGCAUUCAACAUGGAAAAAAUAUCUCGUAUUACGAGAGCGGAGGCCGACAUAAAAUACGCCACGAAAUUAGUGGAACAGAUAUUGGGGAUAGUGGGUGCCUGGCCCGUUCCAGACUCCUCUCCGUUCUCCAAAAAGAUCAUCCAGAAAAUUAAGAACGUUAUCGCAUACUUUCUCUUCCUGCUGAUCAUCGUGCCGGGCCUCUUAUGCAUAUUCCUGAAAGAGAAGAACAACAAGGUGAAGCUGAGGCUUUUGGCGCCGCUUAUCAACUGCGGUAUGCAGGUCUCCAAGUACACGAUUCUUUUGUAUCACAAGAAGGAAAUCUUGUACGGUUUAGAUUUGAUGAAGCAUGACUGGAUAAAUGCUUCGGACGAGAAUCGGCAGAUUUUCCUUGAGAAAACAAAAGUAGGAAGGAGGAUAGUGUUGAUAGCCGCGGCAACGAUCUACAGCGGUGGUUUGGGAUAUCGGACGUUCCUUCCCCUGGCGAGGGGGACGAUCAUCACUCCGGAUAACAUUACGAUCAGGCCAUUACCUUGUCCGAGUUACUUCAUUUUUCUGGACGAACAACAGACUCCGAACUACGAAAUAUUGUUCUUGCUGCAAGUCGUGGCCGGGUUCGUAGUUUACACGGUUGUCGGCGGAUCCUGCGGGAUUUCGGCACUCCUAGUCCUCCAUGCGUGCAGCAUGGUAAGAAUCCUGAUUAACAAAAUGAAAGUUCUCGUGAGAGAAACACAGAUGUCUGAAAUGGAAGUGCAUCAGAGGAUUGCGAGUAUGGUCGACUAUCAGACGAGAAUAAAUGAAUUCUUAAGGAACAUUCAAAAAAUUACAGAAUACGUUUGCCUAAGUGAAAUGUUAGGAGGCACUUGUCUGGUAUGCCUCGUCGAAUAUUGUAUUCUCAUGGAGUGGGAGAAUAAGAACACCACCGGAGUGGUGGUGUAUAUCAUGUUGACAGCAUCUUUCACGUUCUGUAUUUUUGUACUCUGUCACAUUGGUCAACUGCUCGUUGACGAAAACGACGAAGCGGGCCAGGCAUCGAGCUCGAUAAAUUGGUAUCGAAUGCAAAUGAAACAGGCGCACUCUUUGGUACUAGUUAUUGCAAUGUCGAAUUAUCCAAUCAAGCUUACGGCUGGCAAAGUGAUGGAAAUGUCACUAACUACCUUCACAGAUGUCAUAAAACUAUCGUUGGGAUACAUGAACAUGUUGCGUCAAGUAGUUUAAUAAUUGAACCAAUACUUCUAAUUAUGUGCAUUAGAAAGAUGUGACCGAUAGAAAACGCAUACUUCUUCUCCGAUAGAUAUCCUGUUGGGAAUGUAGAAACAUGUUUCUAGUCAAUUAGAUAUUUUUCAACAAUA